CAAGGUUCUUAUAUUUUCAACACGACCUAUCAACAGACCAUAGGACGUAUCUCCAAUGGAUGCUUCAUUUGUACCAGAGGGAAAUCCAAGGUUCUCACCAACAAGGUCUGUGAAGGUUUUCUUGCAUGGGGAGCCCUUUGGAAGGAAGAUAAAUUUGGCUACUCACAAUAGUUAUGACUCGUUGUCCUUCACUCUGAAAAGACUGGGAAGCAACUAUUCACUUUCACAGUACCAACUUAGUGGCUUGGCGAUGAGUGAAGAAGAAGGUGCGAUACAUAAUGACUUCAUGUUUUUGUACGAUAAUGUGGAUGGUUAUCGUUUCUUUCUCGGUGAAGUUCCAUGGGAGGAUUUUGCUAUUUCAGUCAAGAAGAUCUACAUUCUUCCUGGAGAAAAACAAGAUGACAAUGAGGAAUAUCUGGAAGAGGGAGAUGCAGAUAACGGUGAUGACAAUGGUGGUGCUGCCGCCGAUGGAGAUGAUGAUGCUGUUGGUGAAGAUGGAGCCCUGGACGCUGUUGUUGCUGAGGAUGAGGGAGAUGGAGCCGAUGACGAUGGAGAUGGAGCUGUCGGCGAAGAUGGAGAUGGAACUUAUGAUGAUGAAGACAAAGUUGUUGGCGAUGAUGGAGAUGAUGAUGGUACCGAGGACAAUGAUGGUGGCGCCGCGGAGUUGGCGAGAAAUAUUUAGUGACAUCCAGGAGCUCACCUUGCAAGCCUGGUUGCAGUUACAUGCUGCUUAAUUCUCGCUAGCUAGCAAGUUUGCCUUUGAGUUAUUUAUGCACAUUAUAUCAUCUAAACGUUUAUCCUACAUAUGUUUGAGACUUCUAUUACCAAUAAA